UCACUGGUCAUGAGUAUUGGUGAAAAGGGUAUUGCAAUGCUGAUGUCGCUCAGAAUGGCUCUUUGUCUUCCUCUGACCUUUCUGCUGAUGAUUCACAGUGUAUCUAGCGCUGAUUGGGAUGUAAGUUACAGUCCAUCACACAUCUGUGCACUAAAACACUCAUCAGUGAUAAUGAGAUGCACUUAUACAUACCCUCCUGAACAUCAGAUAGAGGAAGUGUUCUGGACCAAAAACCCUGUAAAGGGUGUAGAGCCUCCAGAUCUGUCUGAGGACCCUGAAUACAGACAGAGGCUUCAGUAUCUGGGAGAUAAACAGAAGAACUGCACCAUGAGACUGAGUCAUGUGACACAGAAAGAUGAACACAAGUACUAUUUCAGAUUCAUCACUAAUAAACAUGAUGGAAAAUGGAUUGGUCAUCCAGGAGUGACUCUUACUGUUUUAGAUCUUCAGGUGGAGUCUCCUGAGAGAGUGACAGAGGGAGAUUCAGUCCGUCUGACAUGUAAAAGCAGCUGCGCUCUGACUGACAGAGCAACAUUCAUCUGGUACAGAAACUCACAGCCAUUAACUGAGAGAAGAGACAGAAACAAUAUACUCCUGCUGCAGUCAGUCAGAAGAGAGGAUGCAGGCAGAUAUAGCUGUGCUCUACAGGAACACACUUACAUCUCUCCUGAGGUUUAUCUCAAUGUCGUGUAUCCACCAAAGAGAGUCUCAGUGUCCAUCAUUCCAUCUGAAAUAGUGGAGGGAGAUUCAGUGACUCUGAUCUGCAGCAGUGAUUCAAACCCACCUGCAGAAAUCAGCUGGAUUAAAGGAGGAACAACUGUAGGAUCUGGAAGAAUCUACAGCAUCUCAAAGAUCAGAUCUGAUCACAGUGGAGAAUACAAGUGCAAGUCCAGAAAUGAACAUGGAGAGAAAGACUCUGAAGCUGUGACUUUAAACGUCAUGUACCCUCCAAAGAGCGUCUCAGUGUCCAUCAGUCCAUCUGAAAUAGUGGAAGGAGAUUCAGUGACUCUGAUCUGCAGCAGUGAUUCAAACCCACCAGCAGAAAUCAGCUGGAUUAAAGAAGAAAUGUUUGUAGGAUCUGGAAGAAUCUACAACAUCUCAAAGAUCAGAUCUGAUCACAGAGAAGAAUACAAGUGCAAGUCCAGAAAUGAACAUGGAGAGAAAUACUCUGAAGCUGUGACUUUAAACAUCAUGUACCCUCCCAGGAACGUCUCAGUGUUCAUGAAUGGAUCUGGUGAAAUAGUGGAGGGAGAUUCAGUGACUCUGAUCUGCAGCAGUGAUUCAAACCCACCUGCUCUGAACUUCUUCUGGUUUAAGGAGAAUCAAAGCUCAUCUGUUGGAUCUGGACAGAGUUUCAGUGCACUACAGAGUGGACGCUUCUACUGUGAGGCUCACAAUCAACACGGAUCUCAGAGAUCAGAUGCUGUUACUGUCACUGUUAAAGGUCGUCUGGUGAUAUUGUACAUUUCCAUUGGAGUGGUUUGUGGAGCUGUAGUUAUCAUCAUAACAGCACUGAUUUGGAAAAGCUGGGAGAAAAAAAGAACAGAUAAACUUGAAACUCAGAUGAAUCUUUCUAGACUUGACGAUGACAGUUUUGAAGUAUCUGAUGUUGAGAUGACUGAACAUUUGUAUGGGAAUGUAAUGACGAAUCAUUCAAGACCUUGUGAUGACAGACUGAAAGAUUAUGAUGCAGAGUCGACUGAACCAGUGUAUGAGAAUAUAAAUUUUGACAGGCCGUAGUGUUUGGGACAUGUGUCAAAACAUUUUGCAGCCUUUUUCUGUCUCUAUUGGUGGAGCAAAUUAAUUUAGCAGUUGGUUUUGAGUGACUUAUAAAUCAUGAGCCUUAAAGGUGCAGUAAUUUUCUUUGCCUGUACAAAAGCAUACAAAUUAAUAUGAAAACAAUCUUUGUUUAUAACAAACAAAACUACAUCUAUAAACUAAAAUAAUCAUGUCAGUCUCCUUGAAUAUGAAGUUAUACAUAUUUAUCGCCUAUUCAGUGUAUUUAAAGAUAUUUUAUAUUAUAUUAAAUUCAUGCUUAU